AAUAAAUCAAGAGAGAACGCUAGCCCACAUUCUCAGUCGUUCCUUUUUUCCAGUCCAUAUUCCGCACUCAUUUGCAGAUUUUCAGCAAAUUUGCCCACAUCCAGUCAUGGCACCCAUCGUCGACCUGGCCCCCAUUUGUGGGAAGCCUGACGCCCAAAUCAGUGCGGCGGAUUGGAGCAAUGUCGCCGACCAGUUGAGAACCGUUUUCUCAAAGUAUGGAUACUGCUACCUCAUCAAUCACGCCGUGCCAGAGGAUAUCGUUGACCGUGUUAUGAAAAAUUCCACGCAAUUCUUCCACCUACCCAACGAGAAGAAGGACGAGUACCAAAAGAUCAAUUCAUACUAUGGCUAUUACCGACCCGGAGACAAAUUGACCACCUACACCAACCACAUUUUGGAAUUGAGAGAAAUGUGGGAUGUUCCCGGACUCGUGAACCACCAACACUGUCCAACCUACCCAACAGGAGAGGUCCCCGACUUGAAGCCGUCCAUGGAAGAGUUGACCGAGGAGAGUCGCAUCGUGCUCAAAAAGCUCUUGAAAGCUUUCGGCCUCGCCUUGAAGCUGGACGAUCCGGAUUACCUCCUCAAAAUCCAUAAGAACUUGAACGACGAUAAGGUCGUGUCCAAGAGCACGAUCCGCUCCCUGUACUACCCCCCACUCCCGGACGACUACACCAUCCCCAGCAAUGGCAUCCGCUGCCGGGAACACACCGACUUUGGCACGAUCACCAUGAUUUUCCAGGACAGCGUGGGUGGACUCGAGAUGAAGCACGACGACGGGAAAUGGUACGACGCCACUCCGAUCAAGAACUCCAUCGUGGUCAACGCCAGCGACCUCUUUGCCCGAUUGUCCGGAGGAUUCUUCCCAGCAAUCGUCCAUCGCGUCCCCAUUCCCAAAAAUGAUGCCAAACGUAACACAGCUCGACAAAGCAUUUCAUACUUUUUGGCACCGGACGAUGAAACCCUCGUGGCACCAAUCGUACCCCAGCAAGAUAUCAAAAUCAAUUUCGAGCACAUUUUGGCCAGCGAGUACUACGACGCCAGGGUCGACUUCAACAAAACCGUCCAGGUCAAGUAGGGAGGGAACGCUGUAAAAGAUAUUUUGCACGUGCAAAAUAAUACAUAUUUAUAAAUAUUAAGUCCUAUCUGUAUUUAACUCCUCUUAUUGUGCUUGGAAAUUAAUAAAUUAUACAUUCGCAAUUAAAGUGCACUUUCAAAGA